AUGACUUCUGAUUUACAUGAAAAUCGGUAUACGGGGGUAUUCACGAUUGCUGAUUUCGAAUCUGAGGGUAAGGUUGGCUUAUACAAACGUUCGAAUAAUAAAUACAAUCCAUAUUUAUUUCAAGACACUACAUUUGAAAGUUGCAAAUUUUUAGCGAAACGUUCAAGUUUUCCCAUGAUUGACUAUUUAUAUAAACAAAUUGAAAAAUAUACCAACAUAAAUCGAUCCUGUCCUAUAAGCGAAAAUGUGUUAAUGAAUCGUAUGCGCAUAGAUAUGGAGAAAUUGAAAUGGAUGCCCCUGGCUAAUGGGGAUUAUGCAGUUUUUACUCAUUGGAUCGUGGGCGGCAAAGAGCGAUUCACAGUUGAUUUCUUUUUCUCUUUUCGUGAAUAA